GCAAAUCCAUGGUGUUCCAUUGAUGCUCUCAUCUUGAGGCCUGUCCCACGUAUGGCGCCCUCACAUCGCCACAUUCAACUAAUCCACCCCAAUUUCUAAGAUUCUUUGCACCCUUCUCGCUCGCCGUGCGUUCCACUUGAGAGAAGUAGGAAAUUAGUUUAUAAUUCGACAGUUAGCCUCGUCUUCAGGACAUUACGUCGGUAAUUCAGCCGUAUAAUCCGCCACGAAUAGCUGCUCUCCUAGGAGUGCAUCAUGGAAGUCAAGGAGAGCCUGACUCAAUCUCCUGGAUCCGCUCUUCGUCGCUCAGCCAAUCACGACGGACGGAAUAGAUCCCUUCGAUGCAAUCCUAGAUGCCGACGACGGCUCCGAUGACGCCAGCCCGUCCCACACGAAAUCCCGGCCGUCGAAUCUCCUCCGUCCGAUCCAGCAGCUCUGGCGACGGCCCGUCGUGCGAUUCGCCGUGGCACAGAUCUUCGUCGUCUGGGUCGUCGCAGCGACGGUUCUCUACAUCCAAGACGUCGCAAUGUCGCACGAAGGGUCGCUACAACAUAGCGACAUCUCAGGCUUAGGUUUAGGCGGCGCCGGCGCCGGCGGCCAAGCAACCUUAUUAGAGCAUCUUAAGAAGCGCUUCCACGAGCGGUGUCCGAUGCGUCCUCCAGUUUGCCGCCCCAGAAUAGACAUGAAAGCGGUCGCGCAUAGCGCGAAGCACUUCUACGCGCAAGACAAGCCUGCGGACGGGGAAGCUGCGGCGGGAGUGGGGGGCGCGGGGGGGUCCGCGGAGGGAAAGAAUGGGACUAGCGCGGGCGGGGAGGGGAGGGCGCGGAGCGGGGGACGAGCUUCCGCUGGUGGUGUUCUUUGCGGGGAUCGAGGGGUCCGGGCAUAAGUUCUUUGAACAGGUGUUUCGGAACAUCAAGAAAGUUAACUUCAGCGUGGUGGCGUUCGAGCCGCUGCUCCAUCUCACCUCAGAGGAAACGCAAACACACGUCCAUGGCGUGGAUGCACGCUGUCCCCGUCUGCCCUAUGCUCGCCCGCUGCGAGCCUAUGCCAAGGAGAUGGCGGUGCGGCUGGCAGAGAUUGGCAACUCCCCAUACCUGCGCGCCCGCGAUUCCUACCCUCUGGGUCGGGUUUCGGACGCGCUGGCUCGGCCGGACCUGGUGCACAUGCUGCAGCUGGACGGGCUGCUGUUCAACCUCAAGGUGGUGGUGAUAUCGAGGGGCCUGCCUGACGCUGUUAGAUCGGCGUACAGGAUGGGGUACCAUGGAGGCGACCUGGGCCUGCAGGUGAGUCUCUCACUUGCGACAAAGGGGUGAGUGCCAGCCAUCACAGGCAGCCGCACCCUCACCUGGUGCACAUGCUGCAGCUGGACGGGUUACUGUGCAACCUCAAGGUGGUGGUGAUAUCCGGAGGCCUGUCGGAUGCCGUGCACUCAGCCUACUGCAUGGGGUACACGGACGCGACCUGAGCCUGCAGGUGAGUGUGGGAAAGAGGUCGCUGGGUGCUGUGGGUGGGGGAGGGGCACCUGGUGCACAUGCUGCAGCUGGACGCGCUGCUGUGCAACCUCAAGGUGGUGGUCAUCUCCAGAGGCCUGCCAGACGCCGUGCGCUGAGCCUACAGAAUGGGGUACCACGGGGGCGACCUGGGCUUGCAAGUAAGUAAGUAGGUAAGUCCCUUCCCUCGCAGAUAGCCGGACCUGGCGAGUCUUCUCCCGCUCUGACAAGCCCGACCUGGUGCACACACAUGCUGCAGCUGGACGGGCUGCUGUUUAACCUCAAGUUGGUGGCCAUAUCCAGGGGCCUGCCGGAUGCCGUGCACUCAGCCUACCGCAUGGGGUGCCAAGGGAGAGUCCUGGGCUUUCAGGUGAUGCCUUACUUUCUUUUUGAGUCGACUCAAAAAUCGACUCAUUACACACCAAGGGAGAGACCUGGGCUUACAGUUGAUGCCUUACUUGCUGCGCACGAUUGAGGGAACGACCUCGGGGCUCCAUUAU